CGGGAACAAACUGAUUUGAAAUUAUUGUGAAACUUUUUUUGAGAACUUUUUCAAUUGUUGCUGAGAUUUUUAAAAUUUGGAUCCAAAGUGGACUUCCAGUGCAGCUCAGAUGAAUUUUGUGAUCGAAAAUCUAGAAUUUGUAUGAAAAUUUGUGAAAUUUAUUCUUGUGGACCGCAUGGGAAGUGCUUGGCUCAAUUUAAUCAAAAGUAUUGUACCUUUAUGGAUGGAUAUAUCCCCGACAGUGCAGGUAAAGGAUGUAGAAAGGAAAAUUAUCGAAAAGUUAAUUCAAAUUGUGAAAAUACUUGCACUUACCCAAGUCUAUGCUCUGAAAUUGAUGGAAUAAACUGUUGUCACUGUCCAGUGACAUAUACAACUGAUCCUUAUGAGUCACGUCCUCAAACUGACUCUCUUUUUUAUGAUAAGCCAAAACCAUUCAAACCUAAAACUGAAAAUCAACUUUUUUCACUUCAAACUGUUAUUAUUGUAUCGUCAAGUUCUAGGAAUGGAUAGGCUCAAAAGAAUAAAUAGCAAGCAUGUGCUUAAGAUAAUGGAACUUGUUUGGACUAGUAGAUCAGUGGUGCACAACCUUUUUUUGCUCUUCGGUACACCUUUUGUGGUAAGCAAUGACCGAAACCGAACAUGUCAUAGGGGUCUUGGGAUUUUCAAUCUCUUUUGACGGCACUUAGGUUAGCCAUCACUGCGUUCGAUCAUUUAGAGCCAACCUAUGUGCCGAAGCACAUUAGUUUGAUUAGAUUUUUUAAUAAAAACCCUAGCAAAAUGAAGAAAUUUCUGCUUACGUAGGGGGUCCUCCAAAUCAACAAAGAGGGCUACUGCUUUGUGUGUGGCUCACCAUCAAGAUGUGCCGAAGUUCAUAAAGGUUUUCGACCACUGCACUAGAUUGUUAAUUUUUUUAUCAAAUAAUUUGGUAUUUUUUGCUAUUUUUUUGAGAUCAAAGCUCCUUUUCCAGCCUAAAUAUCUAUUCAAAAAUUUACACAUCUAGUUUGGCACCAUCGCAGGUGUUAACAAUAAAAGAUUUCUAAUCAUUCACAUUGUUAAAUGACUUUGACUCUUGGUUAAUUCAGUCAAGCGUAGACCGUUGAGUUGAUUGGACUAGAGAAUUAAUAGACAUGAAAGUGAUAUUUUUGAUCCUGUUUUGUUCAUCAAUUACAGCAUAUGGUGAAAUAACAAAAUGCUCUCAAGCAGAGUCAAACGUGUGUGGCAAGAAUGCUGAGUGUCAUGACGAAAAAGAUGAUUUGCUGUACCAACGUCAUAAUGGUCCAUACUGUAAAUGCUUACCUGGAAUUAUUGGAAUGCCUCCAAAUUGUAAAGAACCAUGCUCUAGUCACAGUAACUGUAAGAAAGAUGAAUACUGCGAUGCUAAUGGAAGUGGUGACUGUGUUAAAGGAUGUAGAGACAGCAGAAGCUGCAAAACUGAUGAAUUUUGUGAUCAUUUAUCUAAAAAGUGUAUGGACGGCUGCAGUAACGAUAAAAGUUGUGAAGAUCAUCAAUUUUGUGACUUUACAACAAACAAAUGCACUAAAGGCUGCACCAACAGCAAUCACUGUUCUGAUGAUGAAUAUUGUGACUUAACAAACAAUGUGUUUCCAGGGAAAUGUCUGAAAAUUUGCAUUUAUUUCUCAUGCGGGAUUAAUGAGAAUUGUGCAGCAAAAGAUCAAAUCCGAUUCUGUUCAUGCAUUGAUGGAUUUGAAUAUGUUAACACGCAGGGAUGUCAAAAGAAGCCAAAUAUUAUCGAGAAUCGUGAUUUUAAAGGCUCUAGUUCCAACAGUUCAGUUCCGCUAGAAAAACUUUUAAACGUUGAAGAUUCAAUGAAGAUGAUAACGACAACUAAAGCUCCAGAAGUAAAACGUCGUAAAUUCACAGGAUAAUAUGAUGAGUCUUCUAUGAUAA